CUAAUUUUCGGUGGACUCCCGUGAAAGACGGUCGCUGCUUUUAAUAUCUACGGUUGACGUUUUAGCCAGUUUACGACCUCCCUGCACGAACCCGCCGAGUCAGCUAUGUUGUAAUCUGUGAACAUAGAUUGAUCUGUAAAUACUAUCUGGAUAUGGCGAGAAUCGGUCUACUAUCCUGCAUAUUCUACAUUCUUCUGCCGCGGAUCAUUUGCCAGGUGGCAGUGCAUGACUGGGGCGUGCUGUAUAACUUUGACGGCCAGACAGGUCUCGUCCGCUGCGGCUUCCCCUCCAACACUCGGGGCGAAGACUAUUACAAGGAGGGGGGCAACACGAUCUGGAUCAACGAGGAGUUCCCCCUGGUGACGGGCAACCUCCUGCAGGUGCAGUACUACAUCCACGAUACCAUGACCUCCGACUACACCGGCACCAUCUUCAUCCUGGAGAAAGUGGGCACCACACUGCACACACUGCAGUUCAAACAGCACAUCACCUUUAGCCGAGACCAAGGGGUACACUUGGUAAACAUAACGGGACAGCCAGGUGUAAAGGCAGGGUGGUUGCUAGGCUGGAGGUUUCUGGAGAGUGUUGGACCCAUCAGCUACAACGUGUCCAGUGAGGAGCAGAAGGGAACGCGAGUUUUUCAGAUUCCUUUCGGCACUCAGUUCGUAGUGGGCCAAAACUAUACCAUCACGUCCUUUAUCAAAACCUACUAUUUCAAAAUCGAAGCUAUCAUCGGUGUCAGUUUGGUAGGUGCAACUGGGCAUACAGGACUACAAGGCGUAGCAGGAAUGACUGGUCAAACUGGAAUACCAGGUCAGACAGGUCUUGCAGGGGCACUUGGCAUCACAGGGCUUUCUGGUACUAAUGGGCAAGAUGGACUUCCUGGAAUAACUGGAACGUCAGGACGGACCGGUGUGGCUGGGGCAGCUGGUGUGACGGGGAUAGCCGGACAAACUGGCGCAGCUGGUUCUCAUGGUCUGCCUGGGAUUCUGGACAGACUGGGAGUGUGGGGAGUCCUGGAAUUACAGGUCAAUCUGGGGCGGCAGGGGCAGCUGGAGCAGCAGGAAUAACUGGCAUCAGUGGACUAACUGGCGUAAC